AUGCUUUCCAAGACCAUCUUCGCUACUGCCUUCAUGGCCCUCGCUGCCUCUGUCGCUGCUGCCCCUACCCCUGCUCCUUCUGGCCUCGACGGUCUCAGCAACCUCCUCUCUCCCGGAUCCUCCGACUCUGCUAGCAACCUUGGCAACCUUCUCUCCCCUGGCUCGUCCGACUCUGCUCUUAACGGCAACUCUGCUGAGGGCAACGGAAACGGAAACGAGGCUGGCAAUGGCAACGAGGCUGGCAACGGUAACGAGGCCGGCAACGGCAACGGCAAUGGCAACACUGUUGACGGCAACUCCUUGAUCAACCUCAGUGGCUUGGAUGUUGACCCGACGAUCGACCCGACCAUUAACGUCAAGUGCAAGAACUGA